CAUGUUUUGAACGAACGUCACAAGAUUUUUUUAGUAAUUUUUGACCAAGUUAUAUUUGCACAAAUCUAGCUAUAGCUAUGUACCUUGUUUUGUAGUUUCACGACAGCAAGCAAGUAUGUUGUAAUCAUAGAACGAAUGUUUGGUGGUUUAGCUAACAUAGAAAAAAAUGCCUAAGAUUAUAGGCAAAAAUGGUACUUCAGUAAAUGUGAUAUGUGCUGAUUUAACAACGUUGGUAUAUUUACGUGAUAGUGAUACCUGGAAGUGUGAGUAUAGUGACUGGGCGUUUGGGUUGUUUGCAAUUUGUUCUGUGGUGGCACUACUCUUACCUCUACUUCUCAUCAUCUAUUGCUGCAUCAAAUACAAUCACAAACAUUCUAAAUUACACCACAUACCAGAAUACAGCAGACAAACAUCUUACUCAUCUGUGUAUCCUGAACAAAAUGGACGAGAUCUUCACACGUUCCCAGAAGAUGAAACACAUGAACCAGAUGUACAUCAUCAUCAACCAAAACGAAUUGGAGGUAAAUUAUACUUUCCAUAUCCAGCGUAUGGUACUUUUGAUGAAGCAUCACUUCCUGGCUCCACAAGUACUCUUUAUCAGGAUAUCCCAACUACUCAACAAAAUGCAAUAUCUAACAUACCUGCUCAGCAACAAGCACAAUUGGUACCUCCUUUAGAUCCUAAUCAACCAUUUAUAUUGCACUUAUCUAGCAGUGCUCCAAUUGUGACUUCCAUGCUCAGGGAUACCAGACAAUAUUUACAUGAAAGCCACAAUUCAAAUUCAAAUUUGCAAGAUAAUAAUUCUUUACAUGGAAUUAAUAAAAACUCACACAACAGCUUAAAUGAUUUUAAAGAACACAAUGAAGUCAAUUCAUUUCGUCCAAGUGUGCUGUCAACGUCAUCCUCAACAGGCUCACCAAUUUAUAUUAAGCAUAAAAAUGACGGCCUUCCACCCGCUUAUACCGCCGUGACCUCUCAAGAUGAAAAACAAAAUGUUGGUUUAUUAGACCAAAGAACUAACCAAGGGACUAGCCUUAGUUCUACAAAUUCUUCUUUCAGUUGUAAUAGGACAGAAAAACCUUCGAGCACAGAAGGAUAUAACGCAAACAAGGCUGCCAACGCAGUUGGUUCUAAUAGUGAUGAUAUUAGCAAACCUCUUAUAGAUUUAGACCCUGAAACAACUACAGUAGAUUCUAAUAUAAAUAAUGACUUAACAAAGCAAAGAUCAGAUGAAAUUAACGCUAAUAUAAAUGAAAAUAUACAAAUACCAGUAAAAACAAAUGAUCGUAAUGAUAGUCAAAUAGAUGAUUCGUUAAAUAAAAGUAACUUAGCAGACAUUCCAGCCAAUCCUGAUCGAUUGUUGGAUGAUUGUGAGAAGAACAGAAUUUUAUCAGCCACACCAAAUAAAAAUAUGAUUUCCAGACAGGAUUUUGAUGACUAUUUGGCUGAUUGUGUGUUGAAACUUCCAGAAGACCAACGUAACGGUACCUUUCUCAUUCGAAAUUCGACCUCAACACCAAAUUGCAAGGUAUUAACGUUGUAUUGCAAAUCGAUAGAGAACAGCGCAAGUUUGUUUUAUUUCAAGAUAACUUAUACCGACAGUAACAUGAUGUAUAUCGAAAAUACGGAAAAAAUGUUUUCCGCGCUGGAAGAUCUAAUCGCAUUUCACAAAAUAAAUCGUUCCGUGCUUCCCUGUUUACUAGGCGAUUGCUUGGGAAAAAAUUUCUAGGAUGGAAGUUGACUUACUUAAAGUACUCCGGAAUGAACUUUGCAACAAAGUUGUUGUUUGUUGUUAUGGUUAACUUUUUUUUUGUUUGAUUUCCGAACAUUUACGGAUAUAGUUUAUUAUUUGGCUGAAAUAUUUUUAUUUGUAAUCAACAGCACUCCACCGUCUUGUGAGGUUUUUUAUACUUUGAAAUUUGUUAAGUUUUGUUUAUAUUUUGUUGAAUAAAUUGAUGUAUAUUAAAAUAAAUAAAUUCUUUUUAUGCAA